CUUAUAAAAACGUUGACAGGUUAUACCCGGAAGUGACGUCAGUCGUCACUUCCGGGUAUUUGUUUUCUUCUGCCAGCCCGCGACAUUUUGAAAGUAUCAACCCAACAGACGUUUCCGCGCCACGACUUUGGAAACAUGACCUCCAUCGCUGAUAAGAACAUAGUUGAUUGCUUUGCCAAUAAAAUUAAAGAGAGGAAACACAAGCAACAGGAAGCAUAUGCGGAGAUCAUUGACACCACCGCUGAGCUGAGCCGGUCCCACGGGCAGUUUGUCAAAUCUGCAUUUGAUGCAGGUUUAAAGAAAUGUGAUAAUGACGAGAUGCUGUUAGACACCUUCGAAGCAUUUAAAAAAGAUUUGCAACAUAAAAAUGCAUUAUUGAAGGAAAAGCAGCACGCUAUUACAGGAAUGGCAUCUGAUAUCGAUCAGAAGAAAAUACAGAAAGACGCAAUCAUCCAGAAGAUUGAGAGGCUUAAAGAAGAAAACGUGCGGAGAAAAGAGUCAAUGAUGUCUCAGUUUAAAGCAAACAAGGACCGACUGAAGAACCUGCAAAAAUACAGAACUGCCUUUCAAGAGAAUUUAGGAAUGGAAAUACGAAAGAUCCGCGGCACGGCACAGCAUGUCAACGGUGAGAAGUUGCAGUUUGUGUUCCGAAAUAUCAACCCCACUGAUCUGAACAGUGCCUAUGUUGUCACAUUGGGAAUCAGGGAAGACCGAGUGUAUCAGAUUGUGUCAAGCGACCCUGCGCUUGAGUGUCUGCCAGACCUGGAAAGACGACUUCAAGAGACCAACAACUUGCCAGCUUUCCUGGCUAGCAUAAGGAAGCAGUUUAUCUCCCGAGCACGCUAAAAUGGCAUUUUUUUUAAAAGGAUGAAGCUUUGCUGAAAUUGUAUAUUGUCAAAUGGAGUAAAAAUUUUAACGCCAA